UCUUCGCUGUCUGGCCAAUGCUGGGAUCUGGGAUCUGGACACCCCCUUCCAGCCUGCUUCCCACUCCACCCCACCUCUUCUUCUCUCAUCUACACAGCACUCACCCCCACUUCCACCUACCCAAAGGGUCAAGAGCAAAGACACCCGGAGAAGGCAAGGUCUAAUCCCAUCUCCCUUUAGGGAAGGAGGCCUCGGGAAGGGAUUGCGCGUUGAGUGACAACCUUUCAGGAAGCGAGAGAGAAAAACCCGGAGACCGAGCCAGGGUUCUCGGGGACCGUGGAGCUCACAGCUGAAUCGAGAUCACCGAGAUCUGAAAUCAAAGAGCCCAGUCCUGGGACACUCACGCUGCCUGCCUGCCAUCAAGGGUAUAUAGAGCUGUGGUCCUGAGUGUCUGUCACCGGCAUUGCCGCGCUAGGUGUGCGCCUGGCUCUCCCAUUGGUAUGCAGCGACCAUUUCCCUGCGAGUCUCAAAGGUGGAAACACUUGAAAGGAUUACAAGCAUGAUUUGGUGGCCUUUCUGAAAGUUGGCGGCCUGAGGAGGAGAAACUGCAGGCUACGGCAUGAUGGAUAUAAUUCUGACUCCCAGAGAGUUUGCACCUCUCGCUGGGAAGCCCCUUGGAGUAAACCUCGGAGAUCGAGAGCGCUCGGCACUGAUAGUUUUGUAAUCAACCGCGAAUGAUGAAACCUUCUAUAGCUGAGAUGCUUCACAGAGGAAGGAUGUUGUGGAUAAUUCUUCUAAGCACAAUUGCUUUAGGAUGGACUACCCCGAUUCCCCUGAUAGAGGACUCAGAGGAAAUAGAUGAGCCCUGUUUUGAUCCAUGCUACUGUGAAGUUAAAGAAAGCCUUUUUCAUAUACAUUGUGACAGCAAAGGAUUUACAAAUAUUAGUCAGAUUACUGAGUUCUGGUCAAGACCUUUUAAACUGUAUCUGCAGAGAAAUUCAAUGAGGAAAUUGUACACCAACAGUUUUCUUCAUUUGAAUAAUGCUGUGUCCAUUAACCUUGGGAACAAUGCAUUGCAGGACAUUCAAACAGGAGCUUUCAAUGGUCUUAAGAUUUUAAAGAGAUUAUAUCUUCACGAGAACAAACUAGACGUCUUCAGAAAUGACACCUUCCUUGGCUUGGAAAGUCUGGAAUAUCUUCAGGCAGACUACAAUGUAAUUAAACGUAUUGAGAGUGGGGCAUUUCGGAAUCUAAGUAAAUUGAGAGUUCUGAUUUUAAAUGAUAAUCUCAUUCCCAUGCUUCCAACAAAUUUAUUUAAGGCUGUCUCCUUAACCCACUUGGACCUGCGUGGAAACAGGUUAAAAGUUCUUUUUUACCGAGGAAUGCUAGACCACAUUGGCAGAAGCCUGAUGGAGCUCCAGCUGGAAGAAAAUCCCUGGAACUGUACAUGUGAAAUUGUGCAACUGAAGAGUUGGCUGGAACGCAUUCCUUACACUGCCCUGGUGGGAGAUAUCACCUGUGAGACUCCUUUCCAUUUUCAUGGAAAGGACCUGCGAGAAAUCAGGAAAACAGAACUCUGUCCCUUGUUGUCUGACUCUGAGAUGGAGGCUAGUUUGGGGAUUCCCCACUUGUCAUCAAACAAGGAGAAUGCAUGGCCAACUAAGCCUUCCUCGAUGCUGUCCUCUGUCCAUUUUACUGCUUCUUCUGUUGAAUACAAGUCUUCAAAUAAACAGCCCAAACCCACCAAACAGCCUCGAACACCAAGGCCACCGUCCACAUCUCAAGCUUUAUACCCUGGUCCAAACCAACCUCCCAUUGCUCCUUAUCAGACCAGACCACCCAUUCCCAUUAUAUGCCCUACUGGGUGUACCUGUAAUUUGCAUAUCAAUGACCUUGGUUUGACUGUCAACUGCAAAGAGCGAGGAUUUAAUAACAUUUCUGAACUUCUUCCAAGGCCUCUGAAUGCCAAGAAAUUGUACCUGAGUAGCAAUCUGAUUCAGAAAAUAUACCGUUCUGAUUUUUGGAAUUUCUCUUCCUUGGAUCUCUUACAUCUGGGGAACAAUCGUAUUUCUUAUGUCCAGGAUGGGGCCUUCAUCAACCUGCCUAACCUAAAGAGCCUCUUUCUCAAUGGCAAUGAUAUCGAGAAGCUGACUCCAGGCAUGUUUCGAGGCCUACAGAGUUUGCACUACUUGUACUUUGAGUUCAACGUCAUCCGGGAAAUCCAGCCUGCAGCCUUCAGCCUCAUGCCCAACUUGAAGCUGCUAUUCCUCAACAAUAACUUGCUGAGGACCCUGCCAACAGAUGCCUUUGCAGGCACAUCCCUGGCUCGGCUCAACUUGAGAAAGAACUACUUCCUCUAUCUUCCUGUGGCUGGUGUCCUAGAACACUUGAAUGCCAUUGUCCAGAUAGACCUCAAUGAGAAUCCUUGGGACUGUACCUGUGACCUGGUUCCCUUCAAACAGUGGAUCGAAACCAUCAGCUCAGUCAGUGUGGUGGGUGAUGUCCUAUGCAGGAGCCCUGAGAACCUCACCCACCGUGACGUGCGCACGAUUGAACUGGAAGUUCUCUGCCCAGAGAUGCUACACAUUGCACCAGCUGGAGCAUCCCCAGCUCAGCCUGGAGAUGCUCACCUUGCUGGAGGGCCAACGAGUGCAUCACCUUAUGAGUUCUCUCCCCCUGGGGGCCCUGUGCCCCUUUCUGUGUUGAUUCUCAGCCUGCUGGUUCUGUUUUUUUCAGCAGUCUUUGUUGCUGCAGGCCUCUUUGCCUAUGUCCUCCGACGGCGCCGGAAGAAGCUGCCCUUUAGAAGCAAGAGGCAGGAAGGCGUGGACCUCACUGGCAUCCAGAUGCAAUGCCACCGACUUUUUGAGGAUGGUGGAGGUGGUGGAGGUGGAAAUGGAGGUGGGGGUCGACCAACUAUUUCCUCCCCAGAGAAGGCCCCUCCUGUGGGUCAUGUAUACGAGUACAUUCCUCAUCCCGUUACUCAGAUGUGCAACAACCCCAUCUACAAGCCUCGUGAGGAGGAGGAGGUGGUUGUUUCAUCAGGGCCAGAGGCAGGAGGUGCAGAACGUGGGGCUCCUGUGAUACAACCUCCGGGAAUGGGGGAGGUUCUCCUAGGAAGUGAGCAGUUUGCUGAGACACCCAAGGAGAACCACAGCAACUACCGGACAUUGCUAGAAAAAGAAAAGGAGUGGGCGCUGGCAGUGUCCAGCUCCCAGCUCAAUACCAUAGUGACCAUGAAUCAUCAUCACCCUCACCCUCACCACUCAGCAGUUGGUGGGGUUUCCGGGGUAGUUUCGGGAACUGGGGGAGACUUGGUUGGGUUCCGCCACCAUGAGAAGAAUGGCGGGGUGGUGCUCUUUCCUCCGGGGGGAGGUUGUGGUGGCAGCAGUAUGCUACUAGACCGAGAGAGGCCACAACCAGCCCCCUGUACGGUGGGGUUUGUGGACUGUCUCUACGGCACAGUGCCCAAAUUAAAGGAACUGCAUGUCCAUCCUCCUGGCAUGCAAUACCCAGACUUACAGCAGGACGCCAGGCUCAAAGAAACCCUUCUCUUCUCGGCUGGAAAGGGCUUCACAGACCACCAAACCCAAAAAAGUGAUUACCUCGAGUUAAGGGCCAAACUUCAAACCAAGCCGGAUUACCUCGAAGUCCUGGAGAAGACAACAUAUAGGUUCUAACAGAAAAAGAAAAAUACAUUAGUGCUUUUUUUUUUCAAAAGAAAAGAAAAAUAAAAGAAAUAUAUCCCUUGCUCCCUUUACACUUGUCCCAAUAACUCCAUCCUCACAAACUUCCCUGCCCUGAACAGAACUGAAACCGCAUGAUAACUAGAAAAUACAGAUGUAUGCUCUCCCCACUCAGAUGUGAUUUGGAGGAAGGGCCAUACACAGAUCAUUAAUCAAUGAAGUGCCUUCGCAGACUUUUGCCAGCAAAUGUUAUCAUUAUUUUUUUAUACUGAAACUUGAGACUUUGACUGUGCCAUGUAUAAGGUAUAUUGGGGAUCAUUGUAUUGAUCCUAAUUAAGUAAAAUUCAAUGUGUCUUUUUAUUUUCAGUAACUUUUUUUUUUAGUUGUAGUUUGUUUUGACAGGGAGGGGGGAAAACAGAUUGACAUUUGUGGUUUUCGUUCCUCUUCCCAUCAUGGCACAGAUUCUGUACAUGUAUUAACAAUGCAGUUUGCUGCAUGCCUGGAAACUGCAAGACGGGGAGGGAGGGGGCGGGCUUUGCUGGAAUGUUUUCACCCACUCGUUUUUUCUCUCAUACACACACCCACAUGCACAUCACAAAUCACUGCACAUAGUUAGGUCCCUAAACCUGCAGCUUCUUCCUUCUGGUGUAGGUACACACACACACACACACACAUGCAUACAUACACACACCCCUCAUCCAUUCAACCCAAUCUAAUUAGUUCGGGUUUGAUCCAUUCCUAUCCUCUCCAUAGCUUCACCUUCCUUUCUCCUCUAGUGUACAGCUCAAAACAUCUCUCCUACCACCCUGGAAAAGUCAUCUUCUAGGCUGGAGCCUACUGAAGUGGAGGCCUGGUGGUUUAACAGCCGGAGGCACUUACCUAGGGAUGAGCACCUUCUUUGUGACACUUCAGCCUGAUGCCAAGAUUUUUUGGAGAACAUCUGCACUUUCUUAUAUAUAUAUAAUAUAAAAAAAACAUAAAAAAGCAACUGGGUAUAUAUCACUAACAGCUUUGUAGGAAGCACUUUUAAUGUUUUCUCUCUCACACACAAAGAUUCAAAAGAAAUGUGCAUAUAUUUAUUCUGUAAUUUCAGUGAUUAUAAAUUGUAAAGGUAAUGUUUAAUCAUUGUAUAGUGAUUAUGCGUCUGGUAUAGCUUUCCUAAUAAAAAGUUUUUGAAAAACAUAAUACAUUAUAUAUAGAGGAUACAAAGCUUGAACUUUAAACUCCAGCUAUGCCAUGCCUUUCGUGCUCCCAUUUUUAAAAAAUCUUUCUUUUACUUCUUAAACAGAAAGCUAGUUUAUUAACAAGUUUGAUGCACUGUGAUGUUAAUAAAUCUUGUAACUUACCACACCCAUUCCACACACUAGGAUACAAAUGGGACAUAAAAAUGUGAUUUAUCGAUAUAUAGUUCACUUCUUUCUCUUGAAUUAUGAGUUUCAAACUUAGUACUCCAAUGAUGUAUCAUUUUUCCUAGGCAGAAUGCAAUUGGGAGAAACUGUAAAUAUGUUGCUAAGAAGUACAGGAUUAAUUAGGAGACAGUGAUCAAGAAUCCAUGAAUCGUAUGAUAGUUAAAGGCUUAAAGGAAAAGUGAAAUUGCUAUACUUUUAAAAAAAUAUGCACUAAAAUUACUUACACACACACAUAUACCAACCGAUCAAAGUAUAAGGCCUGGAAGCCAAUUUGACCAUCAGCAUUCUGUUAUCUCUGAAAGCUGUCAUUGUUAUGUUUUAGCUCUUGCUUUUAUCAACCACUUACUGCAACCAACCCCAAACAUGCUUGAACUAAGACAGGAUGCUGAGUGAGUUUAUCUUUCUGUAUGACACUAAAAUGAUGUUGCAAAGUUAAUCUAACAAUAAUUUAUGAUCCAUUUACAUGUGAGCGAAACCAAAGAAAUUGUAUUUUUAAGGUGCCAGUAUCUUGUUUGUGAAGGAAACGGAACAAAUACAAAGAAACCAGAGCUUUGAGACAGGCAUUUAUCUCAUUAGGCCAGUAGAGGACAGCAGAGCUCCAGAGAUUCAUAGACCCUGUAGCUGCAGAGCUGUGCAGUGAGGCCAGCAUUCUCUGCUAGUUCCCUCCAGUUGUCCUUAGUAGAAAUUAUCAUUAUGCUUUGAAUGUAAUUCACUGCAGGCCCUGAUGCCUUACAUCACAUUUUUUUUUCCAUAAAAAGAAGACUAGUGGCUUCUAAAGCUCCAUAACUGAUACAAAACUAAGGCACGGUACUUAAAAAAGCCCCUUGAAUGUCUAGAAUAACAUAUGUGUAUAUUUCUUGAUUAAUUAUAUAUGAAUAAUAACAUAGAUAUGCAUAAAAUAAAACAAAAGUAUAUCAAUGUAAAAUGGAACUUUUCAGGACUACCUUGUAUUUGGCACAUUAUAUCUAAAACUUUCCUCCUCCAUUAUUUGAAGUAUAUUUUGGAAUUAGUUCAGAUGAAGAAAAGCCCAUGGGUAUAAUUCACUAUUUCUCUAUAUACAAUACUGAAAUACAGCUCUUAAGCAAGAAGAUCAGACCCACUGUUACAUAGCUGUUGCUCUUUGUUUCUUCUUUUCUUUUCACUUUCCCAGAAGUUACCUUUUUCAAAGUUAUCUCACCUUCCUUGCUCUUUCUAAUUAUCUCUUCAUCCUUUACCUGAAGAUUUUUUUUUUUUUUAAGGCACAGAAAGUUAGUAUUAACCUUUAAGUGGUUUACUAUCAGAUUUAUGAAGUCCCUCUAGACUAGGUAUUUAUCAUGUUCCCAUUCUUCGUAAUCAAAUGUUUUGAUGAUUAGCAGAAAGCAUGUGCAUAAUAAAACUCAGAGUGCAAAGGGAGAUACUUCUAACAUUAUCAUCAUUUCCUUAACAACUAUGCAUACAAUUAUAACAUGACAUAUUAUACAAAUCAGACUAUAGUACAAUCCCAAGUAAAACCAGAUCUUUCAACAUUUGAAAAGUGUCCAUAAACCAUAUCAAAUUAU